GUAUAUGAAUAGUUACCAUGCAGUAAGGCGCUGCUUCAACGCAAGACUUAUACGAAAUUCUUGGCAAUAUCGCUCAAUAUCAGUCCUUCGACCGACUAUCUGCGACGAAACUUCAGCUAUAAGUUUUGUAAGUGGGUUGAGUAUAAGCGAGCAGCAGCACUUAGCUGAGGCGUUAUCUCACGUGACCGAUCAAAAGAAUGGCAACUCUGAGAUGACAAGAAAACUUUUAGCUCAGGAGGCAGCUUAUGCCGGGAUUCCGUUUCUUGGGUUUGGAUUUCUGGACAACACUAUUAUGCUGUGUGCUGGUGAAUAUAUCGACAUGACUCUAGGUUCAGCUUUAGGAUUCUCCACGUUAGCUGCUGCUGCUAUGGGUAAUCUGGUAUCAGAUGUAGCUGGCAUUGCUACCGCAGGGACUGUGGAACAAAAUGUGAAGCGGAUAUUAGGAAGAUCCACAGUACUGACACCAAAGCAGAGGGAUACUUCUCGAGCCCACAGGUGGGUGUUUUUUGGUCGGUGUUUCAGUAUCUGUCUCGGCUGUAUUCUUGGAAUGUGGCCCUUACUCUUACUGUCUAACUCGGAGUCAGAGGAAAGUAAGAACCCUCCGAUUAUAGAUGAUCAUAGCUGAUGAUCAGUUAUCACAGCUGAUGAUCAUCAUGAUCAUCGGUUAUCAUGUUCAUUUUUUUUCCAGAACGAUCUCGUAAAACUGUGUGACUCAGGAUUAUAUUAUAUUCAGUGUCCUGUCAAUACUACCCGUACUAGACUUAUGUUGAAGUUGUUGGGUUUGAAAUUGGGCUUGACAUGUGAAAAAUGAUAUAAUAUCCGUAGUACUUUAGAGUUGAAAGUAUGAUUUAAUCAUGAUUUAGUUUAAGAUGUAUUUAGUUCUAUCUUAUAUUGAACAUAUUUAAUAUUCUGGGAUAUCGGUCCACCUACAGUGUUUACCUACUCAUUAGAUGACUGGUUUAUAUGGUCGAUUUAUUAAUCGAAAGCCGAUUAUGUAUGAUUUAGUUUAAGAUGACUUUAUUCUUCCGUUAAUUUUACGCUUACAUGACAUUUUCAAUUGGUCUUAGAUUGAAUUGAACCUUAGACACCACUCUAAGGGUGCUUUCAAUUUCACCUACGCCGUUUUUCUAUUCACUUUUACAAUAUUUACAACGCUUUUGGUUAAAUUGUGCUAUAAUUUAUGUUCGUUAUUCAAAUUGUAUACUAUGAUAUCAUUGUAUGAUUGAUUAAGGAUUAUGUCUUACCAAUAUAACUUAU